UAAGUAUAUGUACGACAACAAAGAAACUGUAUUGAUGUCAAGAUGGAUGCCCUGUUUACCCUGAGUGAUGGAAAUGAAACUGUAAAAUUUGAUGGAAAUAAUUUUACUGUAAAGGGUGGGGAUUGUUCAACUGCAGGAGAGUAUCAGUCCGUAUUGACACUGACAAAUUCCAAUGAAGACUUUUUGGUCUUGACUUUCAAUGCUCUCCCUGAUUUAUCAGUGAACAUGAGCUUGAUGUUUAUAUUCGCUCCAUUCGAGUUCUUUCCAGGAACACCCAUAACAAAUACAAUAAGUUUGUUGGACACUGGAGACUUGAAACUUGGAUCAGACACCCAACUUUACCAAUGUGAAUCCAUCCAGAGAAUGACAUUGAUUGGAGAGCUGGAAGGGACCACUUACACAAUGACCAUUGUUAUGUCAAACGUUCAGAUCCAGGCUUUUAAUAUACGGAAUGGAAACCUCAGCACUGAUGUGUUUGUGUGUAGUGCUGAUCAGAUGAAAUCUACAGAACAAGAGACAACAAAAGCAGCCUCGGAACCCACUCAACCCACAACAGAACCAUCAGCAACAACUGUUGUAUCAACAGAACAAACAACAUUUGGACCAUCUAAUGUCACGACAGAGGGCCCCACCACUGCACUCAUAACAGUCUCUCCCACAACUCCUCCUGCUCUUCCAUUCCCCAACACGUCCAUAUAUGAAGUCAUGGAAAAUUCUAAAGCCUGUCUCAUCAUGGCAGGAAGCUUCCAGCUUAAAGUGACUUAUAUGACAAAGGAGAAUAGAACUGUCAGUUUGAUUGUGGAUGUUCCGGCUAGCAGUGAUGUCACAGUCGGUGGAACAUGUGCCAGUGGAAAUGACACUGAAUCCAGUCUCACCAUCACCCCGAAAGAUGGAGGAAUUCAAUCCUUAACAUUUAAUUUUACAAUCAUGGAUGGCAAAUCUUACCUGUAUUCGUGGUCUGCUGGUGUUUAUCUUACAAAGUUCCCUGAUGUCAUUAAGUCUGAGUUAAUCCACAGUGUGAAUGGUACACCAGUGGAGCUGUCGAGUCCUAAAUUGUAUUAUAAGUGUAUAAAAGGAGGGGCUUUCUCAGAUGAUAUCCUGGCCUUUAUGUUCAGGGAGUUUCAAGUACAGGCAUUCAAUGUGGAGGACGGAAAGUUUUCAGGAAAUGGAUACGACUGUGAGGAAGAUAUAGGACCUAUUCCACGUCCUGGAAACCCUCCUGUGAAUAUGUUUGUAUUGACUGAUAAAAGCAUCACUUGUAUUGUGCUCAAAGAUCAAAAUCAGUUCAACAUUCCGUAUAUGUCAUAUACUGGGAAUGCAACAGAAGUGAUCUCUCUACCAGAAAGAUACACUGUAACUGGAGACUGCAACACAAAACUGAAUGGAUAUUAUUCCCAGAAAAUAGUUAUUGGAUUUUACAAUUCCUUGAAGUUUACAAUAUACUUCUCCUCUGAUGUACAGAAAGGUGAAAUUUUAGCAAGAGAAAAGGUUACAAAGUACCGCAUCUCACAGAUUGAGCUGGAUUUUGAUUUUAAUAACAAUCUUUUUAAGGAUGUUGACGACAGCAUUCUCGGUACAAAUAAAACAGCUGUUACUGCCAAUCUUAAUGCAUUGACAACAAAUAAGGAUCAAAGCUACACGUGCAAGAAAGAAUCUACAUUUAACAUUCAGAAUGGCAUAUCUAUGACAACCAAGGAACUUCAAUUUCAAGCCUUCAAAACUGAAAAUUCAACUGCUUUCAGCUCGGCAGUCUACUGUAAGGACAAUGAAGAUAAUAACAUUCUGUUAAUUUCCACAGGAGCAGCAUUAGGAGGACUUCUACUUUUAGUCGUUGUGUUGGUCAUUAUUCACAAGAAACGUCAGAAUUAUGAACAACUAACACAUUGAAUACAAUCUUUAACAAUAUGGCGUUAACUUAUGAAGAAUUGUUAAAGGUUUUAUUUAUUUUCAAUCCAGACGUAAAUUAUUCUAAGGCAAGCAAUCUUUUAUAAAUUACAUAAU